GCUUAUAUUUUUACUGGGUAAAAUUCUAGCAUCAUGCGCCAUUCUUUUUCUUGUCCUUGUAGAUGUUCUUCAAACCAGUUGAUCUCACCACCGCCCUGCGCCCCGCGCUGCUUGAGGAUGAAUCACUGCUGUUUGUCCAGGACAUGGUAGGAUUGUACGAAGGAAAAUACAAGAUACCCAACUACCAGAAUGGCCAUGCUUACCUGACUUCGCAUCGCAUCUGCUAUGUCGGGGCUUCCGAACCCCGUAAAUACUCAGUAGCGGUUGACCUGAAAGAAGUGGAGCGGGUAGAAUAUCAGGCGGGCUUUCUGAGAUCGUCACCGAAGAUUGCAAUAUACCCCAAACCUUCGAGGAAACCUCCAGGGAAAGGUGCCGUCAAGGUUGAACGUGCUUCAUCACCAAAACUUUCAUCUUCCUCAUCACAGAGAGCUGCAAGUCCUUCACUUCGCCAGGUAAAUGGAUCGUUGCCCAGAGCUUCAACUGCAAGUUGGGUCUGCCCAAUUUGCACUUUCUCGAAUCCUGUUCCCUCCAACUUUGACCCAUCCACAGCCACAGCUUCUACUCCACUUCCGCCAUGUCUAGCCUGUGGAAUCAAGCCACCCCUUACGACACUUCUAAAAGCAGCUAUUGCAUCUGCGACAAAUCGCAUCGUCACAAAUCCUACAGCUCUACAGCCGUCUCAACCCCAUGAGCAGGUUGAUACGCUGCCAAUAAGCCGCGACAAUAGCGGAGAUAUUCUUGAACUGUCGCCUUCCAUAGCCAAAAGCCAUAUAACUACUUGCCCACGAUGUACCUUCGCAAACCACCCUUCCCUCCUGGAAUGUGAAAUGUGUGGUGCACCUCUUAAGCAUUUAGGAAACAAUACCCCUGAUCGAUUAGAUUCCCCGGCUCCUCUCUUUCUUACUUCUCAGUUAGAGAAUACGGAAAUCAACGAGAGUAUGAAACUGUCAUUUCGUGGAGGCGGGGAGAAAGUUUUUCAUGAGAGACUUAACGAUGCUCUGAUCCAAAGGAAGUGGCUCCUUCACGAUGCCCCGCCUGUCCCUCAGAUGUCACUUUAUCCCGGACCUCAAGGAAUCUCAGCCACCGGGGGAGAUUCCUCUCCUGUUGAAGAAGGGUCGCCCCAGCCAAAAGGCGUUGGAAUUGCCGGGCUUGAGCGUCGCGGUUUUCAUACAAGAAAGAUUAACGAAACAGUAAUUGGAAAUGCUUUUGAAGACCUUGAGGCGUUGAUGGCAUCGGCUAAGGAGAUUGUCGCCCUAGCUGAAACCUUGGCCACAGAAACCGGAGUAAAGCCAAAUGAUCACUCUACUCUUGAAGCGGAUGCAGUCCUGUCGCAAUCCGCCGCCGCUCUUGGAAUGAUAACAACGAAAGACAUGCUUGGCUCAGGCAGCAGCUCGGAGACACUGUAUCUUUCCGAACUAUCACGUAAUCUCGCUGAAUACUUGACAGACGACCGAGAAGGCGUACUUCGCCGUGAAGGUGGCAUCAUGAGUCUUAUAGACCUUUGGGCUAUUUUCAACCGACGCCGAAAUGGGGUGGAGCUCGUUAGUCCGGCCGAUUUUCACAAAGCGGCAGAGCUAUGGGAGAAGCUCAAACUUCCUGUGCGGUUACGUCGAUUCAAAAGCGGGUUAUUGGUCGUUCAGCCGCACGAUUGGACGGAUGAAAGAUGCAUUCGUCUUCUUGAAUCGUGGAUGAAUGAACUACAAACUGAUUCUCCUGCUGCAGAGGUACCUUGGGAUUGGACACUUUAUGGCAGAGGAGUAACGGCGCAAGAAGCCGCUCAGCGCUUUGGAUGGAGCGUUGGUGUCGCAUCCGAAGAGCUGGAAAUGGCUGAAGAUCGAGGUGUUCUCUGCCGAGAAGAAGGUAUCGAGGGUACUCGAUUCUGGCGGAACCACAUUUUGAUAACCGAAAAUGGUGAAGGCUCUAUGACUCAAAAAUGA